AUGGCCAAAGAUAGAAGUAAGAGUCAAAAAAAGGAAAAGAAUCAAGGGCCUAGAGAAGCUAUCACCAAGGACUCAAGAUUUGCAUCCGUCCAUAAUGAUCCUAGAUUUAGACUUCCAAAUUUAAAGAAUGUCAAAGUCAAGAUCGAUGAUCGUUUCAGCAAGAAGGAACUUGAUAAACUUAACUCAACCGCAACUGGAAGAAAAGUAAAAGUUGACAGAUACGGCCGAGCAUUGAAAGAUACCGACAAUACUAAAGAUUUUGAUAAAUAUUUCGAAGAAGAAAAAUCUGAAGAGUCUGAAGACGAAUCCGAAGAGUCUGACGAAUCCGAAAAGUCGGAAGAUGCUGAAGAAUCCGAAGAAGAAUCAAGCGAUGAAAAUGAACAGGCCACCAAAGCAGCUCCUAAAAAGCUAAAAGACAAAAAACAAGAAGGUAUAAUUGAAGAGACUCAAUCUUUGGAUCGUGCUAGAGGGGAAGGUCUUGGGUCAUCUUCUGACGAAGAUUCUGAUGACAGCUCAUCUAGCGAUUCAGACUCAUCUGAGGAUGAAUUCGAAGAAGACAGUGAAAUCGAACUUGAAGAAUCCAAACCAGAAGAAGGGGACCCGUCUCACUCGUUUGCUGUUGUUAAUAUGGACUGGGAUAACUUGAGAGCGGUUGACUUAAUGGCAACUUUCUCUUCAUUCAUUCCUACCGGUGGAUCUAUCAAAAGUGUUACCAUUUUCCCUUCAGAAUAUGGGAAGGAACAAAUGCAGAGAGAAGAAAUAGAGGGACCCCCAAAGGAAUUAUUCAAGAGCAAGAAAAAGAAGGAAGAUGAAAGUUCUGAUGACGAUGAUGAUGAAAUAGAUUUAAGAAAUGCAGAUGAUUUAGAAAAAGCUGCUCGUAAAUUGUAUGAAGAAGAUGACGGAGAAGAAGAUUAUGACUCCAAAGCGUUACGUCGUUAUCAAUUACAGAGAUUAAGAUACUUUUAUGCUGUGAUAAGAUGUGAUUCUGUGAAAACCGCCAAAAAUAUUUAUGACAAUUGUGAUGGUACUGAGUAUGAAUCUACAGCAAACAUUUUUGAUUUAAGAUAUAUUCCAGACGGAAUGGAAUUCGAUGAUAGUGAAGCCAAAGACGUUUGUACUAAGAUUCCAUCAAGUUAUAGACCAAAUUCCACCUUUGUUACCGAUGCAUUACAACACUCAAAAGUUAAAUUAACCUGGGAUGAAACUCCAAAGGAAAGAUUGACCUUAUCAUCAAGACAAUUUUCACAAAAGGAAAUUGAUGAAAUGGAUUUCAAAGCUUAUUUAGCAUCCGAUAGUGAUGGAAGUGACGAUGAGUCCAAAAAAGACAAUGAAAGCUUGAAAGACAAAUAUAAAAAUCUUUUAACCGGUGGAUUCAGCUUUGACGGUAAGAAAGAUAAUGACGAUGAAGGAGAUGUGGAUAUGGAAAUUACCUUUAAUCCAGGUUUGGAUGAUUCCAAGGCAGAACCUAAGGAAGAUGAAGAAGCAUCCAAGGAAGAAUCGACGAUUGAUGCAUACAGACGUAAAGAAAAGGAACGUCGUCAACGUAGACUUGAUAAAUACAAAGAAUCACAGGAACCCGAAGACACUCCUCAAGUUGAAGAUAAGAAGAAGAAUAAAAAUAAUAAAAACAAGAAAAAUAAGGAUACAGAACUUGAUGCAAGACGCAAAGCAGAACUUGAGUUAGUGAUGAUGGACGAAAAUGAGGAAAAAGAUGAUAGUAAAGGAGAUCAUUUUAACAUGAGAGAUAUCAUCAAAGCAGAAAAGGCAAAGGGAAAGAAGAAUAGAAAGAACAAGAAGAAUAUGGAUGAAUCUUUGACUCAAGAUAAAUUUGAAGCUGAUUUAAACGAUCCACGUUUCAACGAAAUAUUCGAAAACCAUGACUUCGCCAUUGACAAAACAAGUAGUGAAUUCAAGAAAACUCAAACUAUGGAUAAGAUCAUGAAAGAGCGUUCUAAAAGACACCGUUAUGAUGGAGUCGACUCUAAGGCCAAUAAAAAACACAAGAAAACUAAAGAAGAUACUCCCGGUGACUCCGUUGACCUUCAAACCUUGGUCAGUAAAUUGAAACGUAAAAACAACAAAUAG